AUGCUUUGCGAUGAAAACCGAAAAGAAAACCAAAAAGUCGUCUUAAAUUUAGAUUUAUUGCUUAGUCGUCAUGGAGGAUCUUUUAUUCACGUUUGGAAGAUAGAUGAGUUGUGGUUAUAUGCUGACAUUGUCAGUCGAGAUUUUAUUGGUUUAGUCUGUGGGUGGUUGAAAUUAUGUCGACUUGAUGCAUCAUCAUAA